AUGUUAGGGACUGUGAAAAUGGAAGGGCAUGAAACCAGCGACUGGAACAGCUACUACGCCGACACUCAGGAGGCCUAUUCCUCGGUGCCCGUGAGCAACAUGAACUCGGGGCUGGGCUCCAUGAACACCAUGAACACCUACAUGACCAUGAACACCAUGACGACGAGCGGCAACAUGCCCUCCAGCUCCUUCAACAUGUCCUACGCCAACACGGGGCUGGGGGCCGGGCUGAGCCCUGGCGCCGUGGCCGGCAUGCCGGCGUGCUCGGCAGGGCACAUGAACGGCAUGCCGGCCGGCGUGGCCGCCAUGGGCACGGCGCUGAGCCCCGGCGGCAUCAACGCCAUGUCUGCCCAGCCGGCCCCCAUGAACGGGCUGAGCCCCUACGGUGGCAUGAACCCCUGCAUGAGCCCCAUGGCCUACACCCAGUCCAACCUCGGCAGGACGCGGGACGCCAAGACCUUCAAGCGGAGCUACCCCCACGCCAAGCCUCCCUACUCCUACAUCUCCCUCAUCACCAUGGCCAUCCAGCAGUCGCCCAACAAGAUGCUGACGCUGAGCGAGAUCUACCAGUGGAUCAUGGACCUUUUCCCCUACUACCGGCAGAACCAGCAGCGCUGGCAGAACAGCAUCCGCCACUCGCUCUCCUUCAACGACUGCUUCGUCAAGGUGGCCCGCUCCCCCGACAAGCCCGGCAAGGGCUCCUACUGGACCCUGCAUCCUGACUCCGGCAACAUGUUUGAAAACGGCUGCUACCUCCGCCGGCAAAAGCGCUUCAAGUGCGAGAAGCCGGCGAACAGCAAAGCCCCUCAGGAGGGCAGGAAAGAUCAGGCCGGGGCCUCCAGUUCCAGCUCCAACUCCCCCCUGCACAGAGGCCACAAUAAACCCGCGCAGCUGGACACCGCCACCUCCCUCUCCAGCUCCAACCCGUCCACCAGCCCCCAGUCUAUGGACCACAGCGGAUCGAGCACAGAGCUAAAGACCUCGGCCUCGGCCGCUUCCUCCACCAUCAGCUCCGUCCCCGCCUUGGCCUCCGUCCCGCACCCCCCUCACUCCUUAGCCCACGAACCCCAGCUCCACCUCAAGGGCGAUCCCCACUACUCCUUCAACCACCCCUUUUCCAUCAACAACCUCAUGUCCUCCUCGGAGCAGCAGCACAAGCUGGACUUCAAAGCCUACGAGCAGGCGCUGCAAUAUUCCCCCUCCGGGCCCAGCACCCCCGGCGGGCUGCCCCUGGGCAGCGCCUCCAUGGCGGGCCGGAGCAGCAUCGAGCCCUCGGCCCUAGAGCCCUCCUACUACCAAGGCUUUGAAGGACAAUACUGCUGUGAAGUAGCAAAACACUAA